AUGUCCUCUCAAUCGGGCGCGCUGAAACGAAAGCACUCCGAGAAGACCAUCAAAGAGCACUUUACCAACCAGCAGAAACCCAACUCUGCCCUUCGAGACGAGCUGUCGCCGACGAGCAAGACCAAGCGCUCAAGACUAGACAGCGACACAAGACCUGCAGACUCUACACCGAUAAAGGAAGCUGCACGGAAUACACCGACAGGCACAAUGAGCACCGCGGAUAUGUACCAUUUCCCCAGCAAGAGGGACGUCGUCGAUAUCACGUCCAGCCCGGACAACAGCCCCGCGAAGCCUCUCCAGCGCCGCGCAGCACCCAACAUGCACGCCUCCAGCGGGCCCAAACGCUUGCUCGUCAAGAACUUCCGCCCCACGCGCAAAGUCGAUCCGAAGCUGUUUCUGGACCAGACGUGGGCCAAGAUCGAUAAGGCACUGGAUACGAUCUUCGCGGGCGAUCCCGUGGAUUUUAGCCUCGAGGAGCUGUAUCGCGGCGUGGAGAAUGUGUGUCGUCAGAAUAUGGCAAGGGAUGUCAAGGAGCGGUUGGUGGAAAAGUGCAGAGCGUACAUGAGCGGGACUGUUCUGGGUGGCGUUGAGGAGAGCGCGGGGAUGGGAGACGUGGGUGUGUUGAGGGCGGUGUUGAAGGCGUGGGGUGUGUGGAACGAGCAGGUGAAAUACCUCGAUUGGAUCUUUUGCUACCUCGACCGCGCGUACCUCCUCCCACGGCAGGAGUCCCUCCGCGAUAUAUCUAUCGACCUCUUUCGCUCGGUUAUCUUUGAGCAUGCGAAACUCAAUCAGCGCAUCGUCGACGGCGCGUGCGAGCUGGUUGCUGCGGAUCGUGCUGGCGGAGAUCUGGACAGCGACAUGUUCAACAGGACGGUCACUAUGUUCCACGACAUGCAGGUCUACACCAAGCACUUCGAGCCGCGCAUGCUGGAGCUCAGUCAGGAGUACGUUGUGAAGUGGGCUGAUACGGAGAGCGCGGAGAAGUCGCUGCCCGAGUAUGUCCGGAGUGCAAGGGCGCUUAUGCAGAGGGAGGUCAAGAGGGCGGAUAUGUUUAGGCUGCCGAAUUCGACAAAGAGAGAUCUUCUCACUUUGCUUGAAGAUCACUUGAUUUCGAAGAAGGAAGCCAGACUGAUCAACCAAGACGAGCUCGCCGACCUCCUCGAAGACAACGCGAUAGAAGACCUUGAGCUCCUAUACUCCCUUCUCGAAAGCCGCAAGCUCGGUGCACGACUGCGACCGGGGUUCAUGAAGUGGAUUCAAGAUGAGGGCACGGUGAUUGUCUUCAAUGAGAAGGAGCAGGAGAAUAUGGUUGUCCAACUACUCAGCUUGAAGCGCCAGCUAGACACGAUGUGGAAAACAUCCUUCCACCGCGACGCCGAGCUUGGCCAUGGCCUGCGAGAGUCCUUUGAGACGUUCAUGAAUAAGACGAAGAAGACGAGCGCGAGUUGGGGCACGGACAACUCCAAGACUGGUGAGAUGAUUGCAAAGUACGUAGACAUGCUUUUGCGGGGAGGCGCCAAGGCAAUCCCAGCGCAGUUGAGCAGGAAGACGGAGAAACCUGCAACUGCCGAUGUGGAAGAGGAGGAUGAAGAUGUGGUGUUUGAUGAAGAUACGGAGGUCAAUAACCAGCUCGAUCAAGUGCUUGAUCUCUUCCGAUUCGUGCACGGAAAGGCGGUGUUUGAGGCAUUCUACAAGAAGGAUCUCGCGAGACGGUUGUUGAUGGGCAGGAGUGCUAGUGCAGAUGCUGAGAGGAGUAUGUUGCAGAGGUUGAAGACCGAAUGCGGUGCUGGCUUCACAUCCAACCUCGAAACCAUGUUCCGCGACAUUGAGCUCUCGCGCGAAGAAAUGGCCUCGUACAAGACAAUCUGCGAAGAGCGAAACGAGAAGCAAAGCGUCGACCUCAACGUCAACAUCCUCUCUGCAGCUGCCUGGCCCACGUACCCCACCGUCCCUGUCAUCAUCCCCCCGCAGAUCAAGACCGCAAUUGAUAAGUUCGAAGCGCACUACAAGCUGAAGCACUCCGGCCGCAAACUGGAGCUAAAACACGCCCUCGCCCACUGCCAGGUGAAAGCCAAAUUCCCCAAAGGAAACAAGGAGCUAGUCGUGUCAUCCUUCCAAGCCAUCGUUCUGCUGCUCUUCAACGGCGUAAAAAUAGAUGAACAUAUCGACUACAACUACCUGCUCCAAGCCACCGGUCUCCCCCCCCAAGAACUAUCCCGCACCCUCCAAUCCCUCGCCUGCGCAAAACUCCGCCCCCUAACCAAACACCCCAAAUCCCGCGAAAUCAACCCAACCGACACCUUCACACUGAACCCCAGCUUCAGCACGCCCACCUUCCGCGUGAAGAUCAACACCGUGCAGCUCAAAGAAACGCAAGCCGAGAACAAAGAAACCCACGAGCGCGUCGCCGCGGACAGGAAUUAUGAAACCCAGGCUGCUAUUGUGAGGAUCUUGAAGAGCAGGAAGAGGAUUAGUCAUGCCGAGUUGGUGGCGGAGACUAUUAAGGCGACGCGCACGAGGGGCGUGCUGGAGGUGGGGGGCAUUAAGAGGAAUAUUGAGAGGUUGAUUGAGAAGGAGUUUUUGGAACGGGAGGAGGAUGGGUUGUAUGCUUAUAUUGCUUAGGUGGGCGGGGGAGGGUGUAUAUAUGUGUAUAUGAUGUUGUGGGUGUUGAGUCUGUCUGGAUGGAUGGUUUGUGUUGGUGGACUGCGUGAUACUUGUGAUUGUGGUCAUGCGUGGUGAGAUGUAAGGAUUUGAACUGGAUGUAACUGUCUUGAAGAAGUAAGGCAGUCAACCCAUCAGUAUCAACGAUCCGCGUAACCUCUUCUUGCACAAACACAUUCUCCACGCAAAAAGCCAGAGUUGAAGUGUCAUCCAUAUCAUUCAUAUAUGCCGCUACCGGGUAUCAUCCACAUCAUACAUCCACAUAAGAAAAAGGAAAUUCGUAAAACCACACAACCAUCAUCACUGCGUGCCCAACCACCCCGUAUGCCU